AGGCGACUGUCCAGGGCGCCCGAGGCUCCUGGAAUUGGGAGCCCCGUCGGAAUGGCCACGUCCUCGGAGGCCUCGCUCGUGCUCUCUGACUGCUUCUGCCCCAUCUGCACCGAGAUCCUGAUGGAGCCCGUGAGCCUCCCGUGCGGCCACACGCUGUGCCACUCGUGCUUCCAGCAGACCGUGCAGAAGGCCAGCCUGAACUGCCCCUUCUGCCGCCGUCGGGUGUCCUCGUGGGCCCGCGCCCAGGCCCGCAACAACACGCUGAUCAAUCUGGAACUGUGGGAAAGGAUCGAGAAACAGUACCUGCGGAAGGGCGGGCUCGCCGGCGCGGCCGGGAGGGGCGGGGGCCAGGAGCGGGAGGCGGAGCUCCCGCCCCUCAGGCUCAGUGAGCCCGGGGAGCUGAGACGCGAGUAUGAGGAGGAGCUGAACAAGGUGAAGGCGGAGAGGCGGGCACGCGCAGAAGAGGAGGCGCGCGUCAGUGCCGAGUACAUAAGCCGGCUGUUGGCUGAGGAGGAGGAAGAGGAAAGCAAGCGGGAGCACGAAGAGGAGGUUUUCCCGAGGCCGGGACCAGAGGAAGACGGGAAGCAGAAACUGCAGCUAGGGCAAAAAGAGAACCAGGAGGAGGAAAUGGAUGAAAAGGCAGAGCAAGAGGAGGUUCAGACUACGGAGAAGGGGAAGAAGCCCAGGUGUGAGCUGGAGGCUAGGCAAACCUUGGCUGGGGAGAGGCCAAAAGACCGGCUGAAAAUAGACAAAGAGCUGGCCCAAGAAAUAAGCAUCAGUCUUAAAGCUCUGAAAUGUGUCUUGAAUUCCCUUUUUGCUGCCAACUCAUCUAACCUUGCCCCUGGCAGGUCACCAAAGAAAACCGAGAACAAACUGAACAAUACUAGAGACAUUCACAAGUGCAUGCCACCCAAGUCCCUGCUUACCUCCCCAGCACUACAGAAUGAACUUGGCAAGGCAAAAGGCAAGGGAUCCUACAAGUCUAAGGAGGUCAGCCUUGGUAAAGGACAGAGCCCCAGGUGGCAGGGGAAAAGAAGAAACUGGCCAACUUUAUCUACACAAGCCUUCUGUCAAAUUGAGAGCAUUGAUGCAAGAGCCUCUCUGAAAGAGGAGUUGGAAUCGUAUCUCAGAAGAGAAAGUAAGCCAGGAACAAGUGGUGAGGAUAAAACUAUAAGGCAUUGUAAUGUUUCAAAUCGCAAACUGCCCAAAACCAUAUUUUUCUGCCCUAGGGAAGCUGUAGCUAAGCCUUUGGGGAAAUCGGAGAAUGAACCCACAGCUGAGAUGAAAAAUGAUGGUACUAGUCUGUUGGUGAAAAAAGAAAUUCCCCGAAGGAAAAAUCUGGAAUCUCUGUCUGAAUCCCUCAGUGAUUCAGGCUUCUCUUCCAAGAAAACGAAAAUGUGCCCAGAAACCCCCUCAGAGAAAGAGGAAAGAAAAAGUACCUUUACCCAAAAACUGAUAGAUUUAGAGCACUUAUUUUUUGAGAGGCAUAAACAAGAGGAAGAAGAUAGAUUAUUCGCAUUACAGCUUCAGGGAGAAAUUAAUAAAGAACAGGAGAGGCUGAAUCUGAGAAAGAGGACCCGAGAUGAAUACCUCCUUCGCCCUAGAGUCUCCUUAAAUCCAGAUAAAGGAAGAAGGAUUUGCAGCAAAAGUUCAAAGAAAAAAAACUGAAGCAGCAGUUUCAGAGACUCCAAGGGGUUCAAAAUAUGAAUAGUGGCCAUCUUUUAAAAUCUAGUUGAAACUUUCAGCUAAUGAUAAAGGAGAAAAGGUAACAAAAUGACCAGAAUGCCCCUUCUCAUUGCCUAGUUAAUUCACACCAAAAAAAUGAACUUUUCAGAUCUUGGAAUAAGCUGCAAAAUAAGGAAUAUGGGAAAGGAAUAAGGAGUAAAACUUGAUUGUAAUGCUCUCCUAUUCCAUAAUAUCCUUGUAGUUAGGUUUUGUUUUUGUUUGUGUUUUUGGUGCAUUUUAUUCACUGAAGGUGCCUGUUUUCAGUAGUAGUUCAAGUUGGGAGGCUAUCAGAGAAAAGCUCUUCAGGUGCCAUUACAAAUGUUUGUCUUCUGAUAGAACUCUGGAGGUGUACAAUACGGUUGCUUUUUUUAUAUUAGCAGUAACCAGGGUACACUGAGGUG